AUGGCAUCGUGCAAGGAUUUGUACAUUAAUGUGGAUGUGCCUGAUUGUGGGCUAGAGGAACCAAGGAGCCAUGAGCAGAGAAGCCAUUCAGGCUCCAAGGGGAACUCUGAGGAAGACGGUCUGUAUGAGGCUGUUGACCCUCUGACUAAGCUGGAAUGGAAACCAACAGAGCUAGUGCCUACAUCACAACCCUCAGCCUGGAGGCCAACAUGCUCUCACAGGGUGGUGAUUGGUACUUGUGUCGCCUUGUUGACCCUCUCCGUGUCCCUGAAUGUGCUGCUGCUUGCAGUGGGAACGGUACAUUAUUCCAAGAUGACUACUACACUGGAGCAAGUUGAGAAAGAGAAUAGGCAGCUUCAGGACACUGCGGUUUGCACCUCUCUUGGCCGGGACUGGACCUUCUUUCAGGGGAAAUACUACUUUUUCUCCUAUGCUCCGGGAUCCUGGGAGCUGGCCAACCAGUCAUGUGCUGCUAUGGACUCCCACCUGGUGAUGAUCAACAGUGCAGAGGAGGAGGGCCACGUCACACGAAUUGUGAAGUCUUCUACUAGUUGGAUUGGCCUUACUGACCAGGUGCAUGAAGGCAACUGGAAGUGGGUGGAUGGGACAGGUGUAGACUCUAAAACCAGCUACUGGCAAACCAGCGAGCCCAAUGGUGGAAAAAGCGAGAACUGCGCUCUGAUGAAGAACAGCCUAUGGCAGGACUCCUCCUGCAAAGAAAGCCAUCGUUGGAUCUGCGAGAGGAUGCUUUAGUUCGAAGGGGUGGCAUCACCCACCUGGCCUUUGGUGUUCUGGACCAAAAGCUGCCGGAGCUCCUUUCAGCACCAGAGAAGCACAGCGCCUCGAGACAGCGCUCACCUAGAGGCCACAGGGGGUGUGCUAAGAAAACGGUGCCUGUCUGUACGACAAAGAUCUUGCCUCACACUCCGUAUCACUAAAAGGAACACAAAUGUAUUUAUUUCACACAAACAUAUUUAACGUGCACCGUUUUUAGUUUGUAGAGCCUGCGUGCUUCAAAGUUCACUAUUAGUUUUAUUUUAUAGACACAAUGUCUUGUAAACUCUGGAUCAAGGAAUUUUUAAACCAUUUCACAAAGCACCUAAGCAACAACAUGUGCUCCGUAGAGUAGUUUCUGUCAAGAGAACAACCCCAUUCUUCAACUAAACAAUCCUGCAUUGGUUCUGCCGCUUCAUUUCUUGGGGGUAUCACCUGCCUAGACCCUGUUCAGACUAUUUUCCAGGACCUGGAUGUGAGGAGGGGCCAGCUUGUGACUGACAUUAGCACUAAAAUAUGUUUUGCAUUCAGUACACAGCAUGAAGUUUGCAAUGACUUUCUUCUCUAGGGCCUUUCUCCUCUGGUGCUGAAAGGCCCUACCCAUAUCUGGAUAAAUGCAGUUUAAGCCGCACCCAGCUGGUUUUUGUUUCAAAAUGUCCUUCCUUGCUCCUCUUCUGAAAGGGAGGCCCUAAUGGAACCAACAAAGUGUUUUGUUCUGGGGGUGGCAUGGGGAACACAACAUCAUUCUGUCAGGUUUAACAGUGCAGCUUGCAUUUUUGAUGCCUUGAGGGUUUGAAACAUCUAUGAUGAGAAUCUGUACUCCAAAACAUACAUUUAUGGUGCAUUGAUGCCAUGUAUAGCCAUGCCAUUUGCUGUAGAAAAUUGUUGUUUUCCAACUCUGUCUCUCUUUACUUUCUUCCACCACAGAGCAGUUAGGACAUUUCUUCCAACAUUCAAUCAAAAUUUCUUUCCCAACAACUUCCACCCAUUGGCUUCUAUUCCCCCUCCUCUAGAGCAGUGGCUCCCAACCAUGAGUGCUUGGACUGCAACUCCCAGAAACUCCAGCCUGCACAGCUGGUGGUGAAGGCUUCUGGGAAUUGCAGUCCAAGAACAUCCAGGUUACCCAAGGUUAGGAACCAGUGCUAGAGCAACAAGACAAUAGUCUUCUUCGCCUUCUGUGUGGCAACUCUUCAGAUGUACGAAGAUCAUUACAGUAUUUUGUCUCCCCAAAGAAAGUACUCCUCUGAAAGACUAAAAGAAUCAUGGCAGAAAAAUUGGAGCACAUUAAAUUGAGCAUGGGCUAGAGCAGAUUGGAAAGCUGACUCCAUCCCGGUGGUGGUAACAAAGAAAUUAUUCUUUU